UCUUACUUUUGUAUCUGUCACAGCUUUGCUGGUACACCAGAAGGCCAGAAUGGAGAGGUUGCAUCGAGAGCUUGAGAACCAGAAAAAGAAGCUUGAUAAAUUAAAAUCUGAAGUUAAUGAAAUGGAAAAUGAUCUCACUCGACGCCGUCUAAAAAGAUCAAACUCUGCUUCACAAAUACCUUCAGUUGAAGAAAUGCACCAGUUAAGAAGUAGUAAUAGACAACUGCAGAUUGACAUAGACUGUCUCACCAAAGAAAUCGAUCUUUUUCAAGCACGAGGGCCACAUUUCAAUCCCAGUGCUAUUCAUAAUUUUUAUGACAAUAUUGGAUUUGUAGGUCCCGUGCCACCAAAACCAAAAGGUACGGUGUCUGUUGAGCAGAGAGUUCCCAUCAAAAAUCCAAAGACUGUACCAGACACAGAGGAGGAUGAGGGAGCUCCAUGGGGCUGCACUGCUUGUACUUUUCUAAAUCAUCCAGCCUUGCAUCGCUGUGAACAGUGUGAGAUGCCCAGGAAUUUUUGAGUCUGCCAGGCCCACGAACGUCUGUAGUACUACGAAUAGAGCAGUAGGGAGCAGUUCGAAUUCUCAGUGGAAAAAAUGAAUAUGUAUCGUGUAAAACUGCUUCAGGAGUUCUUGAGAAAUACAUAGAAUGCUGUAACGGUGAAGGCCUGAACAGAUGGUGUUUACUAAUUUUUAAACGUUCAGCCAGCAAGAGCUAAUAUUACCUCAGUUAUUUCAGUCAAGGGGAGUUUGGAGAAUUUUAAGAAUUAUCGUUUAAAAAGUAGAUCUGACCAUGAACUUGUUCGUGAAUUGUCUUUGCCAUGUACAGUAUUACCAGUACGCUGGUCUAAUUAACUUGCUGUAUAAAAUGCUCAUUUUCCCCUUUCUCUUGUCACAGCAUGUUGAAAGGGGCGUGAACAGAAUUGCCUUUUAAAAGGCUUUUGAUGAAACACUAACUAUGCAAAGAAAACCUGGAAUGUUGUCAACAGUCUAGACUGCCUGCUCACUGCCUGUUUACAAGGGAAGAACUUAACAUAUCACUGGUUGGUCAUCUUGCGUCUCUCCCUAAAAGCCUCUGUGUUGUUGACCAGACUCCCUUAUGGUUCAGUGGCAAACGUGAAAAGGAGAAACUGCAUGCAUUGUCUGUACAGUACCUUGUGAAAUACCCCAAAGCUUUUCCUACUGUACAUAGUUAUAGAGCCAGCUUUAAAGUGACCUUUUUCACCCUUAGAGGUUUCUUGUAUUUCUGUAUGUAUAGUGUAUUAGAUUUGAUAACUAACUCUUUUUUUGCAAUUAAGCACAAUCAUGUCCCUUUCUAAGCUUAUAUUUGUGAAAAGUGAAGCCUUAAAUAAAAAUGGCAAUAAUAUGAAACUA